AUGGAUGGGCGUCCAGCUUCAACCUUGCUAUUGUACUUCAGUGGAAUUCUCGGUUCUACAGAUGAUUCCGCCAGUUUCCUCCCAGUGAGGUUCGAUGUGUAUGACCUCGUUGCGGUCAUCUACACCCAGCGCCUCCCCUUCCUCGAAUAUGCCCUCCCUGUAGGAGUAUACCCAUUCCUUGGCAUAACACAGCGACCCCAAAAGGGCUAA